ACUGCGUAGAAUAUGAUGACGUAAAAUGUUUUAUUGAUAAUAUUGUUUCUGAUUUUUAUAGCUUUUGUGCUCUAAAUACAAUUUAAUUUGAAUGAGAAACACAAACCUAUCUACAUUUUAAUUUAGUUAUUUUCCUUUAAAAAUUUAAAGUGGAUCGAAAUGACUCGCAUAUUGUGUAUUUUAUUUUUCGUAUUUUGUGUUGAUAAAGUGUGUUUAGCUUUGAAAUUAUUAGUUUCAAAUGAUGGGCCAGCUGUUCGGGGAUCUAACAUAACGUUUACGGCCACGGUUCUUGGUUAUUCAGGAGAAAAUCUUCAAUUUGAUUUUUCGGAUGAUGUACAGCCACAACAUAGGGCUCAAUUUGUCGCAAAAUCAAAUGUGUCAAAAUGGACUGUUGAAUACCCACGCGAUUUGUAUGAAGCUGGUGAACACACAGUCACAGUUAAUCUUAUGAAAACUUUUUUUGGUAUGUGGAUCUUGACAGCAACGGCAACCACAACAUUCCAAAUUACAGAUUCGUUGAAUGGAAACCUGUAUCUACAGCAAAACAAUUUAAUUAGAGACAACAAGUUUGUUGCCUCCAACAACACAGUGCAUCAUUUUGUGCAACUACCUGAUAAUGAGAUGCAAUUUUUAAAGAAAAACGCGUCCACAAUUAUCACUUAUUGGUUCAUAGAUUGUAUGUUCAUAGAUCAAACAACAGACUUCUCUUUAAACUAUACCUAUCAAGAUGUGAUGACUGAUCAUUACAUUGAUGUGUUGGUUGUGGCUAAUAACGAACCAUUGCCUCCGAUAACAACAACAACCACAACAACAACCACUACAACAACAACCACAACAACAACAACCACAACAACGACAACAACAACACCCAAACCAACAACAGUUCCAAGUGCAGAUACAACAGUUGUACCAUUAAGCAAUACCAGUGAUAAUGUAAAUCAUAGAAUAUCAAAGCGAGGUAUACCAAUGAAUGCAAAACGAAAACAUGCAAUAAAGGAUUUCAUAUGCCACAACUCAAGCAUAGUGCCGAUCGGCGAUACCUACACAUAUGGACAUUAUCAGGAAACAAUUAGCAUAAGAGAGUCAAUUUCAACAGUGAACAUAACUGGUUUGAACUGGUUGCAACACGGCGAUCUUCUAAACUUACAAGUGAAAUACACUGGGUCACCGCCGUUCGAUUAUUGUGCUAUAUACAAGCUCGGACAAUACAAUGUUACAGGGAAUGAGACGUGUUCUAUGAAGUCUAGAACUAUUUCUAAUAUUUUCCCUUUGGUACACUACUUUUCUGAUAGUGAACAGCACACUGUUGUUGUUGUUAUUGAGAAUGAAGUUGGGAAAAGUGUGUCGAGGGCUACAAUCAAUAUCUAUAAAGCGUCAGUCCACGCGCAGUUGUCAGUAAUCGUAGUCCCGGUGGCGUUCUCUCUUGUUGCCGUAAUAUUAGUGGUGUUUGGUGUUGCCUACUAUCAGCAUAGAUCGAGGCAUACCGUAGAAGUAGCUGACUUCGACUUCGGUCAGCAAGUAAAUCUAGAUUAUAAAACAUUCGCCGAGCGUCUAAGAGACAGUUUUAGAAAUGCCUUCAAUUUCAGACAUCGAGACGACGUAGAUCCACUAACAUCUGAUGCUAGAUACGACUCGAUGUGAGUGUUUUGUUCCUGUAUAAAGAUAAUAUUAUUGUUAAAAUUGUAUAUCCAUGUUUUCUGCUCAGUGAUUAUGAUCGAAGAGUAUUGAACUGCUUUCUUCAUUAAAUAAUUAUUUUUAUAUGGUUAUAGAAUUUGAUGUGUGUAUUCAUUCCAAUAUAAAUAAUUUGUGAAAUAUGAUUUUUAAAUUAUUAUUUACGAAUGUAAUUAUUGUAUAAAUAAUAUAAAUACAUAGCCAUCGUGUUAUGUUUAUUUACGCAAUUUCAAUCGAUUUAUUUACGUAUUAUUAUUAUUAUGUCGUUUUGCGAAUUGAACCAAAAAUAAGAGUUUUGUAGUUAUCAAGAAAGGGUGGAAGGCUUAUCAAUUAUGUAUAUUCGGACGCUAUGAAUAGAAUUAAUACAAUUACUAACAUACAACCUACUUACUUAGAUGAUAGAAUACACUUUUAUACUGUUAUAUUCUCAUCCAUUUAAUGCAAUAAAAUCGAUUUUAUGUUAUAUAUCAUCAAAUUUAUAUAGCAUUGAAAUUGUCGUCGUUAUAAUGUAUCAAAUGCAGUAUAUAGGAGUGAUAAGCUUUAUAUCAGACUGAUUGAUGUUUGCAUCAUAGAAAUGUGCAUUUUGUCCAUUUAUUUUGUAAGGCAUGUCGUGUUUCACUUUUACAGAUCUUAAUUUUUAUGUUUAUGAACCGUAGGGGCGUAAUAUUAUGAUCUAUUAAAAUGUCCUGAUUUGUAUGUGGUAUUAUAUUGUUAUUGCUUGGUUUAAAAAUUAAUGAUGACUUCGUAAUAUCGAUUUUGUGUUUGAAAAUAAUAAUACAUACUAUUUUGUGUGUCGACUGUUUGUCUUCUUUCCAAUAUUUUGUUUGGUUUGUGGCAAGUGUUUAUAUCUUCUGUCCACUUAAAUAUUUUGUUAAAAUGUAUGAUGUAUUCGAAAAAAAGGAACUUACAUCUCGAUAUGCCAAAUUUAAGAACAAAUGAUAGUCACUCUUGGAAUAUUAAAAUAAAUAAUAUAUUUAUCUAUUUACAUCCCGUUUUUAUAUUCAUUUAAUUUGUUUGACUGUAACACUGUAUGAAAAUGAAUUCAAUAGCUGGGUCCACACCAAACGAUUCAUCGAUCACGCGAUCCGCGAUCCAGGAUCGCGGAGCAUGGAUCGUGGAUUAUGUUAGGCCGAUCCACUUUAGAAUCUGGCGACCCCAAAUAUGCGCUCCAAGCGAUCCUAAAGCGAUCCGUGAUUCAGGCAGUCUAACUCUUGUACGAUAUGGAGUCACACAUACAACGGCGGCUUCUUGCUGUUGCAGCAGUAACUUUUAUUAUACUUAAUACUUAUGUUUGCGCAAAAAAUCAAGAAAAAGAAAUCGACGGUUUUGGGUGAAACAAUUUUACAAAAAUCGUUUGGAAUCUGGGACUCAGCUGUACGCAGAGUUUUUUUUUUCUUGGGGUUCUCGAUCGACUAUUCCCCAUUUCACGAGAAAUCUGACGCCAAGCAUCAUCUUUAACACCUCUAUUGUUGUAAUUAGAAUCUUUGGGAUAUCAUAAACAUUUAAAUUAUUUAAAAAGCGAUAUCAUACGGCGAUUUUCUGUGAUGUCCAUGGUGAAGUGGAUCGCGCGAUCCAACACAACCGUCCACACCGCCUGCAUCGAUGGAUCGCGCGCGGCAGGCGCGCGAUCGGAUCGCGGUGGAUCGUCCGGUGUGGACCCGGCUAUUUAGAUGUAUAUUAUCUGGUAACAUUUGAGAGAACAUUUUUUAGGGAUUUUGACGUUUAAGAACUACCUAAGCGAAUAUAAAAACGGGGUAAAAAAUUUAAGACGUCGUGAAGUUAUAUAUUCGAGUCAUAUUCCUAAAUUAACAAAUUUAACCUAGCAAUUAGUCUUAGCGUAAUUCGGGACGUCACUAUAAUUUUUUAAAAGUGAUCAGUCAUGUUUUGUGAUAUAUUAGUUUUAUAUUAUAGAUUUAUUUAUCUUAUAGAGAUAGGGUUUGUAUUUAUUUUAGAAGCAAAAUAUUGUUAUCUAAUAAUUAAAUAAUUCAAAUUUCACUU